AUGGCUCGUUCGAGCUACUCUUGGUCCAAGAGAGCUUCCCCACACUCUCCUCUCUGUCUUGUAUCCUCAUCCGGCAGCCUGGAGCUGGCCGAUUUGCCAGCCGGAAUUUCUCCAUCUGCCCGUAAGCUAGACCCGAGAUACGACAAGUCAACUGCAAUCAUUGAUAGUGUCUCGCUCUUGCAACCCGCAUGGAGCCUCGGCCAGGCUUCUAACGGCCUAAAAAUUUUCGGGUUCAACUUGCGAAGCUGGCCAUUCAUCCCUGCUCUAUUGCGGCUCAUCCUCGGUUUUCCCAGUCUCCGUGUUCGAGCGAGAACAUGA